AUGGCAAAGCCAACUGAGAUGCACCUUAUGGCAGCAAAGAGAAUAUUGAGCAGUGGCAUGGUCAUCAAGGAAAUAGCCUAUAGUCACACUCAGCACCACCGAAGCAGAAUUCGUAGCUACGUCAGCUUGUGCUUGCCAACUGAUUUGGAUGAAGAGGGUGAUGUCCAAGUUGGACUACAAUGGAAGCAAAAGUCCAGUGAUUUUUUGAAACAAAGUUCUACCACCAAGCUCUCAAAGAACUCAGUUAUGCAUGGCAAAAGCAAACAUAUUGAUGUGCGCUUUCACUUCCUCCGUGAUUUAGUAAAUACAGGAAAGGUUCAAUUGAAUUAUUGUUACACCAAACAACAGAUAGCUGAUAUCUUUACUAAGCCGCUCAAGCUUGAAGUCUUUCAAGAGCUCAGGAAGAAGCUUGGCGUAUGUGACAUCUCAGAGAUAAACUAG